GGGGUUUUGUACCUUUGAUGUUCCCAAGUCUCAACGACAACAUCCACGACGACAUGCUAUGGUAGAAGUGAGAUGAGGCCAAGCUUGACCGAAUGAUAGACAUAGAAUACGCUAUGUUCAAGGAAUCUACAAUUGAAUAGUUCUGCAGACACAAUAUAUUGUGCUCUUCUUCUGCUGAAAGUUUGUUGUUCAAGACUUUGGUAAACCCCAGAAGAAAGCGUGACGAGACACUCAACUUUUUCGCAACACCCUUGAGCCUUACAGACCCGAGUUUGGAUAUCAUCAUUGGGCUCGACUCAACAAAAUCACAAAGGUUUAACAUGGAGGACGACCGCGCCCAAGUCGACCUCGGCAUCGCCGCCGACAUCGACGAGAUGAACCCUCCCCCUCCCCCCUCCGUCCAGCAGAAACAACCCAAGAAGCGUUUCCUGGGCCGACAAAGCGCCGCCGCCGGAAAGUCCUCCUCGUCCUCAUCCAACAGCACCUCCCAACCCGCCGGGGCCAACACCUCCAUCGAAGACAGCGGCGCCAUCCAAGUAGCCCAACCGCGCCGCGCGCCCCGGAUGCUCAACCAAGUGCCCGACUCGAUCCUGCACGACGCCGCCCUAAACGAAGCCAUCGCCCUUCUGCCAUCCAACUACUCCUUCGAGAUCCACAAGACCAUCCACCGCAUCCGCACUUUGGACGCCAAGCGCGUGGCCCUGCAAAUGCCCGAGGGUCUGCUCCUCUUCGCCACCACCAUCUCCGACAUCUUGACCCAAUUCUGCCCCGGGAUCGAGACCUUGAUCAUGGGCGACGUCACCUACGGCGCCUGCUGCAUCGACGACUACACCGCCCGCGCCAUGGGCUGCGACCUGCUAGUGCACUACGCGCAUUCGUGCCUCAUCCCCGUGGACGUCACCAAAAUCAAGACCUUGUACGUCUUUGUGGACAUCAGCAUCGACACCUCCCACCUCUUGGCAACCUUGGAACGCAACUUUGCGCCGGGUAAAUCCAUCGCCAUGGUGGGCACCAUCCAAUUCAACGCCACCAUCCACGGCGUGCGCUCGACGCUGCAAAAAGCCGGAUACGAAGUCAUCAUCCCGCAAAUCGCGCCGCUUUCCAAGGGCGAGAUCCUGGGGUGCACAUCCCCCAACUUGUCCCAGUUCCUCACCUCGUCCGGCAAGCAAGUCGACAUGAUUCUGUACCUGGGCGACGGCCGCUUCCACCUCGAGUCCAUCAUGAUUCACAACCCAUCCAUCCCCGCCUACCGGUACGACCCUUACAGCCGCAAACUGACGCACGAAACGUACGGCCACGAAGAGAUGCAGGACGUUCGCCGCUCUGCCAUCCGCCAGGCCAAGACGGCCAAGAAAUGGGGGUUGAUCUUGGGUAGUCUCGGACGGCAGGGGAACCCCAAUACGUUGGGUCUCAUAGAAGAGAAGCUAAAGGCCAACGGCACGCCGUUUGUCAAUUUCUGUCUUUCAGAGAUUUUCCCGGGAAAGCUGGCGAUGAUGAGCGAUGUCGAGUGCUGGGUGCAGGUGGCGUGUCCGAGACUGUCGAUUGAUUGGGGGUAUGCGUUCCCUAGACCGCUGUUGACGCCGUAUGAGGCGCUGAUUGCGCUGGAGGAGAAGGAGGAUUGGGGGAAGGGGGCGUAUCCGAUGGAUUAUUAUGGUAGAGAGGGGUUGGGGAGGACGAAGCCUGCUGCUAUGGAGGUUUGAGGGUUGUGAGACUCGGGGUGGUUGGCUGUAUCUGUACUAUGAUGAAUUUGGGAUUUAGGGCGUAUUGGUUAUACAAAAAGGAGGUUCAUCUGUUUUUUUUUUCUGCAUACGAAGAAUAUUACUUACAAAAUAUGGCAAGUGAAAUGUGAACAAGUUUUGGUUGUGGUUUGGUA